AUGGCCGGCGGAUGUUCCUCCUUCCUGUGCGCCUCCUUGCUGCUCCCUGCUCUGCUGCUCCUCCACCACCUGCCGGCUGAGGUGGAGGCCGACUGCUGGCUGAUCGAGGGGGAUAAAGGCUACGUUUGGUUGGCCAUCUGCAGUCAGAACCAGCCCCCGUAUGAGACCAUCCCACAGCACAUCAACAGCACGGUCCACGACCUGAGGCUGAAUGAGAACAAACUCAAGGCUGUGCUCUUCACCUCCAUGUACCGCUUCUCCAACCUGACCGAUCUCAAUCUGACCAAGAACGAGAUCAGCUACAUCGAGGACGGGGCAUUCGCUGGACAGGCCAACCUCCAGGUUCUUCAGCUGGGCUAUAACAAGCUGACCAACCUGACAGAAGGCAUGUUGAGAGGUCUGGGUCGGAUGCAGUGCCUCUUCCUGCAGCACAACCUCAUCGAGGUCAUCUCCACCAAUGCCUUCUGGGAGUGUCCGAGCCUCAGCAGCCUGGACUUAUCCUCCAACAAGUUGGCCCGUCUAGACCCGUCGACCUUCGUGGUCCUCAACAGACUCAUGGUGUGCGAACUGGCGGGAAACCCGUUCCACUGCGGCUGCGAACUCUACAACUUCCUCACCUGGCUGGAGGCGUUCAACAACGUCACCCACACCUACGACCGCCUCCAGUGCGAGACGCCGCGGGAUAUGAUGGGAUACCCGCUCCUGAGCCCGGUGCCCGGACACGGAAGAAACGCCCGUUCCAUUCUUUCCACCAGGUGUCGCGACGGGGUGAUAAUUCCGGGCAUGCCCUCGCAGCUGCCAGAUCUAGACGGUUCAGGGAUGGGUGUAGACAACCCAGAUCAAGGUCUGUACCGCCAGCCCACCAUGUCGUCUACAGCCGACCCCACCAAUAAGCACCGGAUUACAAUCAUGGCUCAAGCGGUGUCCUUCUACACUGCUUCCGUCACCGUGCAGAUCCCGGACCCCUUCAAUAAGAUGUACGUCCUUUCGCAGUACAACCACACUUUAGUUUCCGACAUUCAACCUCUGAAAAUGAAGAAGGAGUCGAUCACGUUGGAUAGACUCAAACCUCACACCAACUACACCUUCUGCGUGGCCUCCGUGGGCAAAAACCAGCGCUACAACCACACGUGUUUGUCUUUUACGACAAAAGCUAACGGGGCGGUGGAACCCCGGAACAACCCGUCCACCACCACCCACUACAUCAUGACUAUUCUGGGAUGUCUGUUCGGCAUGGUCAUUGUACUCGGAUUGGUUUAUUACUGUCUCCGACGGCGACGCAUCCAGGAAGAAAAGGAGAAAGCUAUAAGCGUGAAGAAAACAAUUUUGGAGAUGAGGUACGGUCCAGAGGCUGCAGCCGCCGUCGCCAACGACCCAGGAGCCAUGCAGCGUCUGCAGGAGCAGGCCCACCACCAGCACCACCACGCAGGGGGGGCCGGAGGCAAACUGCCCCAGUCUGCCUCCUCCAGCACCGGCAUGCUCCAUGGAUCCACCAACACCAGCUCAUCACGCCUCUCCACCCUGCCACAGGUAGAGAAGAUGGCCACCGCCUUCUCCGAGGCCAUAAGCGGGAAGGGCAACUACAUGGAUGUGAGGACAGGGGGGGUGGCAGGGGAGGGGGUAACAGCUGGAGGAGCAGGAGGAGGAGGAGGAGGAGGGGAAACGGCGGUGGAUAUGCGAGGAGGCGGGGCUGAGAACGUGACCGAGGCUGGGGAGGAUUCGGACGACGACGGCCGUGGCUCAGCAUCAGAAAUCUCCACGAUCGCCAAGGAGGUGGACAAGGUCAACCAGAUCAUCAACAACUGCAUUGAUGCGCUGAAGUUAGACGCCUCCGCUAAUGUUGUGACCACGGCUGAUAACGCCAACGCCGUGUCCUCCGCCCAGCCUCUCACCUGCGUCACCUCCCUGCCCCGCAACCUCCUGCCUCUUUCUCCAGGCCACCCCGGAGAUCAAAUCAUGGUCUCCUCGCCAAAGGUGCACCCCAAGUCGCACCCCCAGCCUCAGCCACAGCCGCACCCGCACCCUCACCCUCACCCGCACCCACACCCACAGGCACACCCCCAGCUACAUCAGCAGCCCCACCCGCCUUCUAUGGCCCCGGUGCCCCUCGUCAUGCCCCUGUCCGAGAGGCCGGGCAUCAGCGGGGGAGGAUUCCUCUCCCCGCCUUACCGUGACCCGCCGCCGGCCAACGCGGUGCGACCCCUUCAGAGGCAGCUGAGCGCCGACACAGCCGUAGUAAAGAACCGUUGUGCCCCCCCCGCCGGGCCUUCCGUCAAAAGCACCAGAGUAUACAGCGUGGAUAUCCCCGAGCAACGCAGCGACCCUCCCAAGUACCCGACGGAAAAAGGCAGCCCUCUAGGUGGAAGUGGAGGAGGCGGAGUCGUGGGCUGUAACGGGAACGGAAUGGGGAACGUAAACGGCGGCGGGGUGAGCGUGAACGGGGGAGGGAUGGGGUGUAAUAACGGCGGCGGAGGCGCGGUGGUGGUCGCUGCCGCCGGACAACAACAGCAGCACCACUUGGAGGUCCAGCCAGACUACCACAGCUCCGAGCACCGCCACUCCUUUCCGGCUCUCUACUACGAAGGCGCCAACGACUCGCCCUCCCCGGCCCAGAAGGCCUCGUUCCUUAAGCCGCUGGGACGCACCAAGAGGGAUGCCACAGCUGCCUACUCCCAGCUCUCACCUUCGCGUCACCACAAUUACAACUCGGGCUACUCCUCCAGUCCGGAAUAUUCGUCCGAGAGCACACUGCGGAUCUGGGAGCGAUUCCGACCUUACAAGAAAAGCCCCCGAGAGGAAGCGUCCUAUAUAGCCGCGGGUCACGCCCUGCGGAAAAAGGUGCAGUUCGCCAAGGACGAGGACCUCCAUGAUAUUUUGGACUACUGGAAGGGGGUUUCUGCCCAACAAAAGCUGUGAGCCCACAGAGCAGGUUUUAAUGGCGUAAA